ACUAUUCCUAAAUUUACACAUCGCCAAAUGAUGAUGGCCUUGCGCACUUUACGUCAUCCGGGGAACAGAAAUAUGGUACUUUUGUGAUGGCGGUCAAGGUGGCAACUGAUUUGAUCUGAAAAUCGUGUAUGGGAGAGAAUAAAUAGGUAACCAUAUGUUUAGAAGUACGGACCGUACGUAUUUAUUCCACGUUAAAUGUUAAUAAUGCAGAAUGUUGGAAAAACUAACGACGGAGGGAACAAUACGGACUUGAAAACCUUGCAUGUUUGUGAAGGAAAUCGAGCUCAGACGUCCACUCUUGAUGAGAAGUCCCAAGACUCCCCAGUCUCGAACUUCAUGCCAGAAAUGUCGGGAAGUGAUGACGAAGAUGUGUCUGAGGUGGAAUCAUUUAUCCUUGACCCUGAGGAGAUAGAGGAUGGGGAACAAAUGAUCCAGGCCUCCAAAUUCCUUCUUCCAGCUGAGAGCAUGGAGGGGGCGGAUUUGAGGACUGUGGACCCUGAGACACAUGCAAGGCUGGAGGCAUUGCUAGAAGCUGCUGGUAUAGGGAAGCUUUCCACUGCUGACGGCAAGGCAUUAACAGAUCCUGAGGUUUUGCGGAAAUUGACAUCGUCGGUCAGUUGUGCUCUUGAUGAAGCUGCUGCGGCUUUGACACGUAUGAGAGCUGAACAAGGUCAACUGGCUGCCAAUGCUGAUAGCUGUCGCUCCCUGGCCGAGGCCUGCAUUGAUGGGGAUGUGGGUACUGUCCGGAGGAUGCUGGAUGAGGGAGGAAGUGUCAACGAGACCACAGAGGAUGGCGAAAGUCUACUCUCAUUAGCAUGUUCAGCUGGAUAUUACGAAUUAGCUCAGGUUCUCUUGGCUAUGAAAGCGAACGUGGAAGAUCGCGGAAUCAAAGGGGACUGCACUCCGCUGAUGGAGGCUGCCAGUGGGGGCUACGUGGAAAUCGUACGGUUACUGAUGAACCACGAAGCUGACGUCAAUGCCCAGUCAUCAGCGGGUAACACUCCCCUUCACUAUGCGGCUGCCGGUGGGUAUGAGAACGUGGUGAUUGUGUUGAUAGAGUCCGGGGCCAACGUAGAGGAACAUAACGAGAAUGGCCAUACCCCUCUGAUGGAAGCCGCAAGUGCUGGCCAUGUAGGUGUGGCUAGGAUUCUGCUCAAUGCUGGGGCCGGCAUUAACACCCACUCAAACGAGUUUAAAGAAAGUGCUCUCACGCUAGCCUGCUACAAAGGUCACUUGGACAUGGUGAAGUUUUUGUUGGAGGCUGGUGCCGACCAGGAACAUAAGACAGACGAGAUGCACACAGCUCUGAUGGAGGCCUCCAUGGACGGCCAUGUAGAUGUGGCCAGGCUGUUACUCGAUAGUGGUGCUCAGGUGAACAUGCCUGCUGACAGUUUUGAGUCACCCUUGACACUGGCUGCGUGUGGAGGUCAUGUAGACCUGGCCAACCUGUUGAUACAGCGGGGUGCCAAUCUGGAGGAGGUGAACGACGAGGGAUACACUCCCCUAAUGGAGGCAGCCCGUGAGGGACAUGAGGAGAUGGUCGCUUUGUUGUUGGCACACGGUGCUGAGAUCAAUGCUCAGACUGAGGAGACCACAGAGACGGCCCUAACGCUGGCCUGUUGUGGGGGAUCUGAAGUGGGCGACUUCCUGAUCAAGGCGGGUGCUGAUAUUGAACUGGGCUGUAGCACACCUCUGAUGGAGGCUGCCCAGGAGGGCCAUUUAGAUCUGGUCAAGUACCUUCUUAAAGCAGGGGCCAAUGUUCAUGCUCAGACAGCCACCCGUGAUACAGCCCUUACCUAUGCCUCUGAGAAUGGACACACUGACGUGGCGGAGGUCUUGCUCGGGUCAGGAGCAGAACUGGAGCACGAGUCGGAUGGGGGAAGAACACCGUUAAUGAAAGCUGCCAGAUCUGGUCACUAUUCUACAGUGCAAUUUCUCAUUACCAAAGGUGCGGAUGUCAAUCGGCAGACCUUUAACAAUGACCACACUGUUUUAUCCCUGGCUUGUGCUGGAGGACACCUCAGUGUGGUAGAGUUGUUACUAGGACAUGGGGCAGAUCCAACACAUAAGCUCAAGGAUGGCUCAACAAUGAUCAUUGAGGCAGCCAAGGGUGGUCACACUCAGGUUGUGAACUUGUUACUGGAGUGGCCCAGUGGGAUGUUCAUGGCCCCCUCCCCGGACCUGUGUCAGGUCACCCCAGCCGAUGUCCACUUUAAUGAGCCACGUGUACCAGUGCACGGACUCAACAACAUUGUUCCUCCUAGUGAUCCUGACCCUGAUCAUUGCUUAAAUAGUGCCAAACCCUCUUUCCAGUCUGUCAUAGCCAGUCAGGUGAAAAAUAAGCUCCCAAAUUUAGAAAAGUCAGUGGAACAAUCAACCAAAAGUUUACAAAAAACACUGGGAAAGAGGGCAACAUCUAGUCGUUCAAGCUCACUGGAGGACAUCCCGCGAGCAAACAGAAACUGUAAUUUAGCAGAAGGGACAGAUAUAGGAGGCGGCAAGCUGACAGGGGAAAAGCUGGGCCCUGAGAAUGACAUGGUGGACGACAUCUUACCCCAGAUUGAUGCCAAUUUGAAGGCCACAGAGAAGCUGGAUGCUAUUAUAAGCAACAUGAUGCAGGGCCCGUUACUGAACACGAACGGGACGCCGGAGGAGCAGAUCCUGCAGAGACAGCAGAUCCUGGAGGAGCUACAGAAGGUGGAGCGGGAGCUGCAGGAAAAAGCCAAGGAGCAGGUACACCGCACCGCCCAGCACCGUGCAGAGUUGCAUCAGUACCAGAUGCUAGCCGUGCAGCAGGAGGGGCAUCAGCCCUAUAACCAGUACGACCCCAAACCUCUGCACAAGGUUCUACAGAAGCAGCUGGAGGAAGUGGGCCAGGUGGAAGAGAACGACGAGCUGAACAGUCUGCCCACCUGCGAGGACCUUAGGGAGAAUGAAAUCCUCCUGAACAAGGUGAUCAACCCGGGAGAACUGGAGGAACAGCUGGUGGAUCUGUUAAGUGGAGGCGGCGGUGAUGCCAUAUUACCCCCAACUCCUCCGUCCAGCGCUCUCGAUUCGCAACUCGCCAAUACCAACCAAAGUAACCUGGACCAAAAUCUUGCGGGACAGGACGAAUUUAAAGUCCUCAACACAAACCAAGGCCCGGGUUCACCCACACCUGAGGCAGACAAGCUGCUUGGGAAUGGCAGUGUUGUGUCCGUUCAGCCACCAGGCAAUGUUGGCCAGUCCCAGGAACCUUUGUCCUUGCCACAGCUGGCAAAUAGUUCUGUGACCGGACUUUUACAACAAAUCCAGCAGUAUGUGAUUCCACAGCAACAGCCCAUGACUCCAGCUCAGCAGCAGCAACAUCAGCAGAACCAGGCCCUGAUUUUAAAAGCCCUGUCCAAACAGCUACAGCAUGAGAUGCAACAGGAGCAGCAGAACCUGCCCAUCCCUGGACCGCUGACCCCACACCAGAUGCAACAGUAUCUGCUCAGUCAACAACAAGAGCUGGAUCUUAAACAGCAACAAUUGGAGCUGACAGAGAGCCUGAUAACCAAGAAGCAGGUACAGCUUCAUCUCCAUCAGCACCAGGCCCAGCAGGGCAAGGCGCCGCCUUUACCCAACAACAACCUUCAGAAGAAGGCCGUCAAUAAACAGCCCGGGGUGACCAGGCCCCCGGCCACACAGGUGGCCGGACAGAUUGUUAACGGCAAUAUUGCUGUGGGAGAGAUGAAUACUCCACCUCAUUCCACCCCUAUGACCCCCAAUCCUUCACCGGCUUCUCCGCAAGCCCCGCUGUACUCUUCUCUCGACUUGGAUGCCCAGACUGAAAGUAAUCACGAUACAGCCUUGACCUUGGGAUGUGCGGGAGGUCAUGCUGAGCUGGUGUCCUUGCUGUUAUCACGGGAGGCAGAUAUUGAACACCGUGAUAAAAAGGGUUUCACCCCACUGAUACUGUCAGCCACUGCUGGUCAUGUAGAGGUUGUGGAGAUCCUGUUAGAUCAGAGGGCAGAGAUAGAGGCACAGUCUGAGCGUACUAAAGACACGCCCUUGUCUCUGGCAUGUUCAGGGGGACGAUAUGAGGUUGUGGAAUUACUUCUAGCACGUGGUGCUAACAAGGAACAUCGUAAUGUUUCUGAUUACACACCCUUGAGUCUGGCAGCUUCUGGUGGCUAUGUCAACAUUAUCAAACUGUUACUGUCACAUGGGGCAGAAAUCAAUUCCAGGACUGGGAGUAAACUGGGGAUUUCCCCUCUGAUGUUAGCAGCCAUGAAUGGACAUACAGCAGCUGUCAAACUGCUGCUUGACAUGGGCAGUGAUAUAAAUGCUCAGAUUGAAACCAAUAGAAAUACAGCUCUGACCCUGGCCUGCUUUCAAGGGCGUCAUGAAGUUGUCAGUUUACUUGUGGACAGGAAGGCAAACAUUGAGCAUAGAGCUAAGACUGGUCUUACACCUCUGAUGGAGGCAGCCUCUGGUGGGUAUGUAGAAGUGGGGCGGGUGUUGCUGGAUAAGGGAGCAGAUGUGAAUGCCCCUCCAGUGCCAUCCUCCAGGGAUACAGCCCUUACUAUAGCUGCGGACAAGGGUCAUUACCGAUUUGUGGAGCUGCUAUUGGGAAGGAGUGCUGCAGUUGAUGUGAAGAACAAGAAAGGGAAUUCCCCACUUUGGCUUGCAUGUAAUGGCGGUCACCUAGACGUGGUCCAGCUACUGGUCCAGGCAGGAGCAGACAUUGAUAGUCAGGACAACAGGAAGGUCUCCUGUCUGAUGGCUGCCUUCAGGAAAGGUCAUGUCAAAGUGGUCAAGUGGAUGGUGAAACACGUCAACCAGUUCCCGUCUGAUCAGGAGUGCUCACGCUACAUACAGACUGUGGCAGACAAGGAGUUGCAGAAAAAGUGUCAACAGUGCAUGGACAUCACUCAAAGUGCUAAAGAUCAUCAGGCUGCAGAAGCCAACAAAAACGCAACCAUAUUGCUGGAGCAACUAGACAUGGAGAAGAAAACUGAAGAGAAGAAGAAAGCAGCGGCUGAACGCAGGAGAGAGAAACGCAAGAAGAAGCGCAAGGAAAAACAGGAACGGGAAAAAGAGAAGGACUCAAACAGUAAAAACUCCUCCCCUGAGCCGGAAAUAACGGAGCCUGAGCAAGAAGAGGAGGUGGUGGAGACUAAGGUGGCGGCAGUGAUUCACCCCCCUCCAGCCCCUCUCACAGCCACUCUCACCACCACUAUUGGAACAACUCACCGCACAACCACGGAGGCAAAGAUCAGCAUGUCAAAAGUGAAGUCCAAAGUGGAAGUGUACACGACUGCAUCCACAACCACGACGACUGUAACAACUACCAGGGCCUCUGCUAACACCUCAGUUCCUAGGGUGACCAAGAAAAAGGCCAAGAGCAAGGAGAAGGAUCACCCCCCGGACCACAGCCAGAACCAACCCCCUGCUAGCUCAGCAGCGGCAGUACCUACCAGCAUUCCUGAGGGGGGUGGGGCGAGUUCCUCCGUGGGCAGUACCAACAUGGGCACGGCUUCUGACAGCAAGAAAAAACAAGGAGACGUCACACAUUCACUGGCUACAUCAACAGGUAUAGGGGACUUGGAUGACUUUGGAACAUUGCCUGCCCGCAUGAAGAUAAGCGACAAAGAGGUGGCCAAAAUUACGAAGACAAGCAUGGGCAAAGGAAAGCCCAACACUGGAAGAGGUGGUGAGAAUGCGGCGAACAAUUCCCAAGAGAAAAGCCCGGGGUCUGGCAGCGGCACCAUAACCAUCUCCUCAUCCAAGGGGACAACAUCCAUUGUCAGUCCUAAGAGAGGGCCCAGGAAGGAAGAGGGUUGGAAAGAGGUUAUCAGAAAAUCGAAGAAAGUGAAUGUGCCAGUGAAUGCUAUAAGUCGCGUGAUUGGUCGAGGUGGCAGUAAUAUCAAUGCAAUACGAGAAGUAUCGGGGGCUCAUAUUGAAGUGGAGAAGCAGAAAGGAACAACAGAUAGAGUGAUUACCAUCAAAGGUUCUGCUGACUCGACCAGACAAGCCCAUGCGCUAAUAACAGCCUUGGUGAGCGACCCUGACAAGGAGCUUGUGGAGAUCUUACCUAAACGCAAACUCAAACUGGAUAACAAUACACCCAGUAUACUGGCCAAUGGAAGCCCAAGUGAUGCUCGCGUGCCGGCUGUACACGGCAAUGGAGGCUCUGGUGGAAUAUCCAGUCAAAGGUCACCGUCUGCUGGAAAGGCAUCAAGUUGGUCAAAUGCAUCAUCGGGGAGUGGGAACAGUUUGAAUAACAGCUCUGGGGGAGGCAGUUCUCAUGGUAUAAUGGGCCCGGGAAGUGCAGUGUGGGGAGGUGUCCCAACUCAGCCCGUGUCGCCCAAAAAGGGCUUCCCAAAACAGGCUAGUGCUUCAUCGCAGUCAAAUCAGGGGAGUGAGCGAGCUUUCACUGUGGUCUCCAGACCUGUGGUUCAUGUGGACAAGAAGAACAACAGCAUCUCUGUGACAUCAGCUGUGACCAAUGUGACAGUGACAUACACGAUGGCCCCACUGACCAGCAAACCAUUGAUGAGCUCAACGGGAGGUGGCCCGCAACAACGCAUAGAGAAUAAGGCAGUUAACAUGGGCAAGGUUAAGCACCUUUCAGGGCAAGGUAAAGCUCAUCCAAGACCUCACUCUGGUUCAGGACUUAUACAGAAACCUAACCAACAAGUGGGUGGGAUGAACUCCAAUACACCAGAUAUGAUGGCUGUCAACAAUCUGCUGUCGUCAGUGGCAUCCAAUCCUCCGGCCAGCUCAAACCACGGCCAAUAUUCCCCAUUCCACAAUCUGUUCAUGAGUGCUGUGGCCGAGGUGCUGGGAAAGAAAGGUGAUGAGCCGCUGGAGAAUCGGAUGAAUUUUGCCAGCGUGGUGACCUCCAACAUCCCUAGUCCCGGCCCAGGGUCUGGCCUACCACCCUCCUCUAUUCAUGAUGUAGACAGUGAUCUGGCUCUUCAGGCAAAAGCUCCUGGCUUCAAACCAGGCAGAAGUAUAUCUCCCCAGCAGUUUCAUUCCGAUUUAGACCUGAACAGAGCACCUGGCUACAAAGGAGGGAUCAGUCUGAGCACGCAGUUCACCAACGACAUGGACCUCUCCAGAGCUCCGGGUUAUCGUGGCUGUGUACCCUCGCCAGGAAUGUCGCCCCGCUCCAACACCUCCACCCCUAGUGGGACCUCACCCAGAGGCCGGCCUGCCACACCUGGGGAGCACUCUCAGACCAGCAUGUCAGCAGGCUCCAUAUCUAGUCAGAAGGAUGAAUACAGUACGCCCAACCAGCCAAUGACCCUACCAAAGAUAGGGAGUUCACUGAAUCCUAAUGCCCCAGACUUCACCGCGCGAAGCAUGCCCCCAUCGGGUAGCCCAAUGCCUGAAGGGAGGGGCAUGCCGGGAUUCCCCCCUGGUCAGCCGUUCCCUAACAGUCCGGCCUCGUCUAACAUCCAGCAGCUGUAUCACCAUCAGAACCUAAAGGCUGCAGGCCUCCUCAACCACUCGUUGUUUGCAGGAGGUAUGGUGCCACCCAGCAGUUUUAUUCCCCCUAACAAUAUGCCUGGUCCUGUGCCGGACAUGGCCCACGGAAGCUCCUCUGUCAACAUGAACCUGCUACAGCGCCUCACCAGCCCCGGGGGCGCCACAGGGCCAGGCCCACUGUCAGGAGGACAGAUGAUGCCCCGUUCCUACUCUCCACUUCACCCACCACCCACACCUCCGUCUGCCAUGCCACUAGCAGGCAUGCCAAGGGGUGACGGUGACAACCCAGGGAACCGUAGCCCUCUAAUGCCUCCCUCACCCAACACUGACCAACUGAAGGCUGUGCUAGAUCAUGAACGGAGGAUGCAGAGACCAAUAGGGACAGAACGAGCCCAGAGAAAGGUGCCUGGCCCGGGAAUAGCCAGUAACAUGUCUGAUUACCCGGGCAUUUGGGGUGGCUUUCCUUCAGAUAUGGAGAAUGAGUGGUUGUCUAGCUCAGUUGUGAGCACAUCAGUGGCAAUGAUCUCCUCCACAGUGCUCACCUCCUCAGGGAUGACCUCUGGGGUGAUGUCUGUGGGUCAGAGCAGUCGCCCCCCUCCCGAGGACAGAUCUCUGAACCACCACCCUGCUGUUAGGGGUGGUUUUAUGGAGGGUGGUGGUGGUGGUGGUAUGGAGCGGCCCAUGGAACAAGCCCUACAGCAGAACCCAGGUCUGAUGAUGUCCCAUACAAUGUUAACAAAUAACCUGAGUCAUCAGUUCCCUCCCCCUCCCAUGUACAGCUCGCAGAACCUGAGUGGGGACAACCUGCCCGCCAUGUGGAACCCAAACCCUCAAAUGAAGGUUCCAGCUUCAGAAGCGGCUGACAAACUGGUGUGGAACAGUUGGAACCAGCCACAGAACAUGUGACAUUGCCACGGCCUACCCUAUCAGUCCACUCUCCCCACAUGCCAGCCUCUCAUCUAAGUACUCUUGUAGAUGGGAUCUUUCUUUUGGUAGUAUUAUGUAAGGCAAUUAGCCGGGUGGGCUCAAAAGCUAAUUAAAAUGAUUAAACAAAUGGUAACAGAGACAAAAGAGGAUAUUCUUGUUUGUGGCUUUACACCCAUAUUUAUAUUGUGCUUUUUGAGGUCUGGAUUCGACCUCAUUGGGAAACUUAAUCUUUAAUUUCUUUUUUCGUUUUUUUUUUCCCUCACCCUAACCUAAAUGAGUGGCUGGUACAGCCAGUUGAGACCCACACAGUAUAUAUUCUACUGUAAACAAGGUGUAUGAAUAAACAAAAAUGCUGUCAUU